ACCCAGCCUUGCCGCACCUUCGCGUCCUCGCCAGGUCCCGCCGCAGCCGCGCACCCGGCCCCGACCCCGGCACCAUGAGCUUCGGAUCAGAGCACUACUUGUGCUCCGCCUCCUCCUACCGCAAGGUGUUCGGGGAUGGCUCGCGCCUGUCUGCGCGCCUGUCCGGGCCGGGAGGCUCCGGCAGCUUUCGCUCGCAGUCGCUGUCCCGCAGCAAUGUGGCCUCCACGGCCGCUUGCUCCUCGGCCUCGUCUCUCGGCCUGGGCCUGGCCUACCGCCGCCUGCCGGCCUCCGACGGGCUGGACCUGAGCCAAGCAGCGGCGCGCACCAACGAGUACAAGAUCAUCCGCACUAACGAGAAGGAGCAGCUGCAGGGCCUCAACGACCGCUUCGCGGUGUUCAUCGAAAAGGUGCACCAGCUGGAGACGCAGAACCGCGCGCUCGAGGCCGAGCUGGCCGCGCUGCGCCAGCGCCACGCCGAGCCGUCGCGCGUCGGCGAGCUCUUCCAGCGCGAGCUGCGCGAGCUGCGCGCGCAGCUGGAGGAGGCGAGCUCCGCGCGCGCGCAGGCCCUGCUGGAGCGCGACGGGCUGGCCGAGGAGGUGCAGCGACUGCGGGCGCGCUGCGAGGAGGAGAGCCGCGGGCGCGAAGGCGCGGAGCGCGCCCUGAAGGCGCAGCAGCGCGACGUGGACGGCGCCACUCUGGCCCGCCUGGAUCUGGAGAAGAAGGUGGAGUCGCUGCUGGACGAGCUGGCCUUCGUGCGCCAGGUGCACGACGAGGAGGUGGCCGAGCUCCUGGCCACGCUGCAGGCGUCUUCGCAAGCCGCCGCCGAGGUGGACGUGGCUGUGGCUAAACCAGACCUGACUUCGGCGCUGAGGGAGAUCCGCGCCCAGUAUGAGUCCUUGGCCGCUAAGAACCUGCAGUCGGCCGAGGAGUGGUACAAGUCCAAGUUCGCCAACCUGAACGAGCAGGCUGCGCGCAGCACGGAAGCCAUCCGAGCCAGCCGAGAGGAGAUCCACGAGUACCGGCGCCAGCUCCAGGCUCGUACCAUUGAGAUAGAGGGCCUGCGCGGAGCCAAUGAAUCCCUGGAGAGGCAGAUCUUGGAACUGGAGGAGCGGCACAGCGCUGAGGUGGCCGGCUACCAGGAUAGCAUUGGGCAGCUGGAGAGUGACCUGAGGAACACCAAGAGCGAGAUGGCCCGCCACCUUCGGGAAUACCAGGACUUGCUCAAUGUCAAAAUGGCUCUUGACAUUGAGAUAGCAGCUUACAGGAAGCUGCUGGAAGGUGAAGAGACACGAUUUAGCACCAGCGGGUUAAGCAUCUCAGGGCUGAAUCCACUUCCCAAUCCCAGUUAUUUGCUCCCUCCUAGAAUCCUUAGUUCUACAACCUCCAAAGUCUCAUCCGCUGGGCUGUCCCUGAAAAAGGAGGAGGAGGAGGAGGAGGAGGAAGAGGAAGAAGGGGCUUCUAAGGAAGUCACUAAGAAAACAUCCAAGGUAGGGGAAAGUUUCGAAGAAACACUGGAGGAAACGGUGGUAUCUACGAAGAAAACCGAAAAGUCAACUAUAGAAGAAAUCACCACCAGUUCCAACCAAAAAAUGUAAUGCUGUUGCUUAAAAAAAAAAACAAAAAAAGGCGAUGCCUAAGAGGGAAUGCACUUGGCUUAUUCACAGCUUACUCCUGAACCACACCUACCACCGCUAUAGAAUGUCUUCAAGGCUUCAAUGUCAUAGUCUGUACCGAAUCCUCGCUCUCUCCAGUAGGAAGGCCACUGUAGCUGGGAGCAAACUGCAGUGCUGGAGGAGGAGCAGGAGGAGCUCUCUAAGAUCACAGCUUUCCUACCUACAGCUCAGGCCUCAUAGUGACAGGUGACCCAGGUGCAGAGGAGGCUCAAACGAAGGUGCUAAAUCUGGUCAUCGCUCGCUGUGAGCUGAAAUCGAAACCUGUUUCUCCACCGUACCCCGCCAGUACCCAGCCAUAGAACCUCACUGUAGAUGUCUAAAAAUAUACAGUCACUGCCGAGGACAAGCUAGUGCUCCAGACACCAUUCUCCCAUCCCCCUCUGAUAGAGCUGAGUCACAAAACGACGGUCGUCUCUCAUGGGCAGGUUUCCUUCCUCUCUCUUCAAUCCCGUAUUGCCAUUUCUCCCACCUGAGAGGAAGGAACAAAGUUUAGUGUGGUAUCCCCUUCUAGACACGCAUAGAACUUACGCCCUUUAGUCCUCCACUCCGUGGGUAAAUUAGAUGCAUGUUGACCAUUCCCGUGAUUUGUAUAACGCACCCUUGUCCAUUUCAUGACCUUUCAUGUCCGUAGCUUAAAAAAUAGAAAGUGAUUAAUGAUAAUGGCAGUGAUUGGUUUUAAGGGUUUUCCUAAAAUAAUACUAAUUAUAAUAAUAAUCAUAAAAGGGAUCUCUAGACUUUAGGCUUUCAGCUUAUCCAGAUCCACUUAAUUAGAGAGGAAAAAAAUUACCUUAAAUGAUGUAGCAUUUCACCUUAAAUUUAGAGGCACGGUGAUAGUUGCCCUACUCUGCGCUUAAGCUGACCUUAGACCUCGUAUCGUAAGUAGAGUGAGUGAGUGAGUGCUCUGAAGGGAAAGAACAAGGUCUCCUCUGUGUUGGUUUCUAUGUAGUGCUAUAGAAUUAGCUUUCUCAUACCCUUGCCCUAGGAUCUACAUAAUUCCCUUCCCAUUAGGGUAGUAUGCUAUGUAUAGGACAUUUUAUCACCAGACACAACGCUACUGCCCAAAAGUGAAAAACACACACUUCUGGUCAAUCAACACCACCAGCAAAUAUUUAAAAAAAAUAAAAAAGGAAAGGAAGAAAGAAAGAAAGAAAGAAAGAGAGAGAGAGAGAGAAAGAAAGAAAGAGAAAGAUUGAUUCUCAGAGUCUUUUCCUAACAGGGUUACAUUGCUUCAGUUGGUGGAUGUCCCUCCCCUGAAGGAAAGACAGAAACAUUAUUCAGGGUCCAGGAGGGGUAUGCACACUUCUCCCCCACCUCAAGAAGGCAGGCUGGAAAGUCAGCUCUUCGUGCACUCAACUGUGGCAUCCACAUGACCUGUCUGCCUCGCGUGCCAAACUUGAUGCAGGGUUUGCCCUGUCUCUGCUCACUCCCACCAAGCUGUAGAACUGUCUGUCCUGUCCCCGCCCACCCCAUCCGCAAGCUCUGUGCUGAUAAGGACAUGAUGCUUCUACUGAAUUCACAUUCUAGCACGUGCUUCAAUAUAGCUCAAGGAACCGGAAAGACACUUCGUUUUUCCUGACCCAUCCCCUCUUGACCCCCCCCCCACACUGUAAGACAUUAGUAAUAUUAAGAAAUUAAAAGUCAUUAAUCCUA